UACAUCGUCUUCUUAGUCAUGCUGAAAGGUCUCAUGAAAAAAGAUUCCAGGUUUUUCGACAGAGUAUGACAAAUUUGAUGUGCAAUUCUAGGUGGUUAUGUCUCAAGCGUAGACAGGAGUCUCAGAGACCAAGAAUUUAGGCAGGCUCGAGCUGUAAGGUCAAAAUUUGCGCUCAAAAUCAUCUUCAGUUAACACGAUGGUUUUCUUUCUUCUUCCCGUCAUAUGUGCAACUUUGUCAAGGUGGACGAGAGCUGUCGCACCUCAAGUCAGACCAAAAGGUAUGGCAGGGCCUCGAGGACACCAUCGGCCUGGGGCGCGGCAAGAGCCGGUUGUACGCGGCGGUGGAUCUGGGCCCAUCGCGAGUCGGGCGCACGCGCAUCAUCGAGCGGGAACCGGUGCACCCGGUGUGGAACGAGUCGUUCCGCAUCUACGCGGCGCACGAGGUGUCGGACGUGGUCAUCACGGUGAAGGACGACAACAUGAUCGGCGCGACAACGAUCGGGCGCGCCAAAGUGCCGGUCACGGAGGUUUUGUCGCAGCGCACCAUCGACGACUGGUACGACCUGUUCACGGACAGCGGCGAUCCCGUCAAGGGCGGCGAGGCCAGAGUGCGCUUCCGCAUGCGCUUCUACGCCGCCGUCGACGACCCGCACUGGAGUCGCGGCAUUUUGGACCCCAGGUACGACGGCGUGCCAUACACCUUCUUCCCGCAGCGCCGAGGCUGUCGCGUCACGCUAUACCAGGACGCGCACAUGCCCAACGGGUUCCUGGAGAAGAUCUACCUUGCCGAUGGACGCAUCAAGCAGCCGACCCACUGCUGGGAGGACGCGUACCGCAUGAUCAUGGGCGCGCGCCACAUGAUCUACGUCGCGGGCUGGUCCGUGUAUACGGAGAUCACGCUCAUCCGCGACGAGGACCGGAUGAUCGAAGGCGCCCAAGGCGUCACGCUGGGCCAAUUGCUGAAGCGCCGGGCGGACGAGGGCGUGCGAGUGAACAUUCUGGUGUGGGACGAUCGCACCUCGAACAUGAUCAUGGGCGCGAAGGGCGUGAUGGGGACGCACGACGAGGAUACUUUUAAUUACUUCCAGAACACGAAUGUGAAUUGCAUUCUGUGCCCGCGGAACCCUGACACCUCCGCGCUCAGUAUAACGCAGUCGCUGCAGGGAGGUACCAUGUUCACGCACCAUCAGAAGACGCUGAUCGUGGACGCGCCGCUUCCCUGGGGCCACGAGACCGGGCACCGCCGGAUUGUCAGCAUGGUCGGAGGCCUGGAUCUGUGCAAUGGGCGCUACGACACGCCGAAUCACCCUCUGUUCAGCACUCUGCACGAUAUUCACAAUGGUGACUUCCACCAGCCCAAUUUCAUGACGGCCAUGAUCGAGAACGGCGGCCCUCGCGAGCCCUGGCACGACAUUCACGGCCGCGUGGAGGGCGAGAUCGCCUGGGAUGUGCUGUACAACUUCGAGCAGAGAUGGAGAAAGCAGGCUGGGCCCAGGAAUCAGGAGAAGCUGGUCCCCAUCGUGCGCACCGACGACAUGGUCCCACCUUGUCCCGUGCUGGCCGAGGGAGAUCAUGACUCGUGGAAUGUUCAGCUGUUCCGGUCCAUCGACAGCGGGGCGGUGACUUUCCCUGAGUCUCCCGAUGAGGCUGCCAGAUCUGGGCUGGUGAGCGGGAAGGAUGUCGUCAUCGACCGCUCCAUCCAAGACGCGUACAUUAACGCCAUCAGGCGAGCGAGGGAUUUCAUCUACAUCGAGAACCAGUAUUUCCUGGGCAGCUCAUUCGGUUGGGACGAAAGGAGGGAUGUGCAAGCGCUUCAUCUCGUUCCCAUGGAAAUCGCUCUGAAGAUUGUGAGCAAAAUCGAGGCUGGCGAGCGGUUUUCGGUCUACGUGGUCAUUCCCAUGUGGCCCGAAGGCGACCCGGAUGCCGGAGCUGUUCAGUAUAUUCUGGCCUGGCAGCACCAUACCAUGCAGAUGAUGUAUAAACGUAUCGCUGUAGCUCUGCACGCCGUGGGAAGUGAAGAGACCCCCAAGGACUACCUGAGCUUCUUCUGUCUUGGCAACCGUGAGACCUACAAGGAAGGAGAAUUCAAGCAGGUCAACAAGCCUCUCCCAGGCUCCAACUAUCAAAGGUCUCAGGACUCCAGGCGUUUCAUGAUAUAUGUCCAUUCGAAGAUGAUGAUUGUGGAUGACGAGUAUAUAAUCGUGGGGUCUGCAAACAUUAACGAGCGAUCCAUGCACGGGUCUCGAGAUACAGAAAUUGCCUUUGGUGCUUAUCAGCCAUUUCACAUAGCUGGAAUGCACGACCUGCCUCAUGGAGAGGUACAUGGGUUUAGGAUGGCCCUCUGGUAUGAGCACAUGCGAAGAAUCGACAACGUCUUCUUGCGGCCAGAAAGUCUGGAAUGUAUACAACACGUUACCGCAAUGGGUGACAAAUUUUGGAAUCAGUAUGCCCAAGAUGAACCAUGCGAUAUAGAGGGCCAUCUACUAACCUACCCUGUCACUGUUGGUCAGGAUGGAGAGGUGGCCGCGUUCCAUGAUGCCCAGUAUUUCCCCGACACUAAUGCUUUUGUUGUUGGAACCCACGGCAUCACUGCGAAAUCAAUGCCACUGCCUACGAUUUUGACCACAUGAGUGAAACUGCCACAAGUUCUUCCACCGUCCACAGCAGGCUCCUUGAAUCAAAGUCUGGCAUGACCCAUGCCAUCAUCAUUGAUUCAUUGGACCAUGCUUACACGACUGACCAGGCUUACCUUAAAGCGGUUGAAGUGCCAAGGGCCCUGGUGUACCGCGGAUGGAUGCCUUGGCUAUAGUAGGGAUUGAUUCAUUGAGAUGAUUUCAGAAGAAACUCUAGAGCCUGAACCUCGAGAAAAGCACCCACUGGUUAACUAUCUGCGAAACUCUAUGGGUAGUAUUUUCGAUACCGGUCAUGCUUUGAAGUCUCGGAGAUUCUCGAACAAAUUCUUGCAGGCUGUGUUCGGAACAGAGCAGUAAGUUUGCUUAUCGUCUCAUACAUUCCUCAAGGAGACUGGAAUAUAGACCGGAGGGAAGACACAUCGGGAGGAAAGGGCGAAAGGAGGUCCGAAGGAUUUAUUGGAGCUUGGAGGACUUAUUUUAUUAUGAGAGACGUCGCCCGCAAGACAGAGGCGAAUGAGACCACGUGUAUAUAUGUAAAGAGAGAAGAAAGGGCGAUUGUUCCACCAACCGUAUACUCUGCAACUGGGUUUUUCAUUGUUCAAGCUGCUGCGAUCUGCAUUCUCGAUCUCUCGAGGCCCAUGAACUUCCUUCAGUACCUACCAACAUAGGUAAAGAAGCUCUUUAUGACUGAACUUAUCGUCAAAUGAACAACUCCACACUCUUCUUUACGCCCCUGCCCUGUCCCCAGGUUUACUUUGUCAUGGUAUAGAAAAAAACCCACACAACUUCCUAAAACUAUCAUCGUGGCCGCUCAGUCACGCACCAAAGACGCCACUUACUAGACGUGGACACUAAAAGAGUAGCUGAAGGAGAUGAUAUCCGCCAGUGUCAUGCUGAACCUACUCCAGCGAAAAGCGGCCGACAUGCUUUUGAAUACCUCAGCCCUGCCGACUCCUCUAAAUGAUAGUCUGGAGGAGAUUCGGUCUUCCAGCAGCUGAAUGCCUGUAUUCCUCAAAACUGGACUGUAAAUCACCUGAACGUCCAAGAGGAUAGAUCAGCAUGGAGUCGUUUGCCGUAGCCUGUUAUUUAAUACUGAACGUAUGUGCCUGUGAGUGAACAAUAUCACAAAUGGUACUACUACAAGUAGUGAAGCAAUGACCUUCUGGAUCUAAAGAAGAUAUUCUGUCUGGAUUGCAGAAGUUUUGUCAUAUUACUCAUUUACCACAUAAUUGAUCCCAGGACUCCCCGAUUUGUGGUUUAUGUUCUUCUGAAGAUAUGUAAGAAGUACCUUCACGUUGUCGACUGAAAAUCGAGCAAGACCGUAAGAAGACCGUCGAAGUAAACGUCGAGAGUGAUUCCACCAUGUAUGAAAUGGGAGAAAGAUGUCCGCUUCUGCGAGAUUCAUAUGAUAUGACUGAUACCACUCUUAAACAAAGACAAAGACAAACAUGUCUUGACAAAGGUCAAAAAUCAUGUCUUGACAAACAUGUCUUUUGUCUCUAAACAUGUCUUCCACUACCUUUUAAUUGGUACACAAUUCUCCAACCUCGGAUUCCCGGAGCUCGUAGACCAAUAUCGGAGCAGACGUAGGGAUUCCUAUGUAUGCUGAGCAAGGAGCAGAUUCUUCUAACAUGACGAUGGCAUGGCAUGUUAGGGCAGAGACGGGGCUUGGACGCAUUGGAAGAGUCACGCUUGGCUCGUGAAAAGUACAAAGCAAGGUUAGAUCAAAGAUUAGCCGUGGACGCUCGGCUAUGGGUCUUGCUAAAUCAUCGGUACAAAAAGUAAUCGCUGAAGUCUCAAUGCGAAUGCUCCCGGGCACCGGCUCAGCCAAUCGCCAGUCCUCGGAUAUGGGUCUUGCUAAAUCAUUGGUACAAAAAGUAAUCGCUGAAGUCUCAAUGCGAAUGCUCCCGGACACAGGCUCAGCCAAUCGCCAGUCCUCGGAUGAAGCGCAGUGAGCAAGCCUCGCGACAAGGCCUGCUAGUCGCGUCGAAGGAGAGAUCAACAAAGCUUGUGCUUCCUCUAAGCCUGGCAAGAAUGCUGCGGAUUGCAAAUAUCAACGAAACUUCAGCAACAAGCAGAUGAUCGACGACUGGGCUUUGUGAUAUUCCUUCACGUCGCGGAAAUAGGCAGCCUGCAGAGCUUCACCGGUAUAGGGCUAACUUUUAUUUAGGCCCAAAGGGAUCCCGUCAGUGUUAACGCCAUGUUAGAAGUAUCAUAAACUCAUGACAUUGGCAGCUAUAACUUUUGACCAAUAACAGCAUACUGUUUGGUAGGGUGAGGCAUGAUUAGCCCAAAGAGAGGGAUAACUAGCCGCUCUUUUUGUUUUUUGUUCCCUUCGUGCUAGAUACAACUACACUUUCUCUCGUAAUUCUGUGUAGAGCCGUUCAUGGUAUAGCUAUAUACUAUGAUAUCGCUAUAUAUCAUAGUAUCUAUACUUUAGUAAAUAUCUAUAGAACAAAGAUACACAACUGUCAUAUUGGAUCAUUCUGAAUGUGCAAGCAAGAAAUAGUAAAAAAUUGACAUUUGUCGU